CUUAUAGGAAAUGUCGCGGCAGGGUGUGAAUGUGUGCGCAGAUGCCUUUCUCUCUCUCGCGAUUGUUGGGCGGAUGCAUUUCCAGAGAGGGACGUGGAGUUCUGGAGAGCGAUUGUAAACCUCGGUCACGUCUGGAUGGUUGCGUUCUCGUCAGUUCAGUUUUGUACCUACGGUUGAUAACACGGUCAGGUUCGGAUCGAACUGUUGUUUUCGUCAGCGCAUUCUCGGUGCUCCAGACAGGUUGAGUCACCUAGCAGGAAUUUGCCACGCGACACAUUCCGUAGUUCGCUUGUUCCGUUGCCGUUGAGACGGACCUGCGAUAUUGUGCGUUCAUCUGCGAAGGAUAGCUGAGGCUUCCGUGCGUGUAGUCGACGCGAAUAGUUGUUUUCCUUGAGGAAGGAAACUGUGCUCCGUGAAUCAUCCCUUUCCCCCGAAAGUCGGUGUAAUUCGACGGCCAUUGUUGGUGUUGGUGUAUCGUCCCAUCGCGUACGUGAAAAUAUUCGCCUUUGGGUGGAUUGUGAGGUAUUGUUAUUUUCAUCGGGUUUCUUGAGUCACCACCCCCUACGACACGACGACGACGUACUUCAUAGAGUUGAGGGAGCAGUGUCAGUGUGCCGAAAGCUGUGUGUGCGAGAUUUCGCGAAGAACCCCCCAAUCGGAAGCGUUUCGCUGUAGUCGUGCAGUGUAGUGUCUAGAUAUCUGCGCCGGCGGAAAGCUCUCCGGAGAAGAGAAGAACCAUCAUCAUCGUCAUCCAUACAUACGAGUGCGACCAUAGUUUCGUACACAGAGAUACACGGUGCGAAUUUGAGCUCAUUGCCAACAUCGCCUCUAUUGGUACUGCUGCGCUGCACUUCUUAGGCGUGGACCGUCGACGUCUCGGUUUUUCGCGACUGCCACCUCCGUCAGUGUUGUAGAGUGUGUUUUUCCGGCGAAAGUGUGUGACAACAACGCCCUACGGAAGAUAGCCAUUCCCGAGAUCAUCCCCAAGAAAUCAGGUUCAAGUGGAAGUGUGCAAGUUUGCUGAAAUCCGAAGAGGGAAGAAUACCUAGUGCUUAUACAUAGUGUGCUCCGGUAGUGAAGCCCCCUGUCUAGCGAAAAUCUGGAAGAUUGCCAGUUGUAGUGUACCGAAGUCCUGUGAAGUUCCUCAAGUUACCCGAUACGUCUCGGUUCCGUCACCGCGCCGACAUCAGUCCAGUGUAGCAUCAUACCACAGAGUGUUGCGGUUUUUGCUCCAGCAGUUCCAGCCCUCGAGUGUUCCGGAAAGUUGACUCGACUCGUCUGUGUCUCUACGUUGCAGCCUGCCAGAGCGACAGCCACGUUUUGUUAACCGUGAAAAUUGGAUUAUAUUACUUCGGGCAGAUCGAUAGCUUUAUAAUUAAAACUCGCACGCCAAGGAACCGCCGAGAAGCUCUACGGAUCCGGUUGAACUGCGCCGCAGCUAGGAAACCGGCCACCGUAGCCUCAAAGGCAGCACGACAGCAGCGCCUCGAAGCGCCUACCCUGGAGCACCACCGCCCGCGCAGGCCACACUAAAGGGUGCCCAGCGACCCGCUAUGACUAGCCCAGCCGGUGGAAUCCCCGGUGGCCCAUUCAGAGGAACAGGCGGUUACGGUUACGCACCGACACAGCAGCCGACCUACCGGUACUCGGCUCCGCUGGCGCAACCGGCGUAUGCGGCCUACACACCACACACCACUACCACGGUAAGCUUAUUAGCACCGUCGGAAAGCACCCUUUAUAACUCGAAACAUCAGUACGGCCAGCGUGUACCGACAGCAGCAUCGCCCAGCAACACAAACUCCAGCAGCUCAUCCAACACCGGUUCCCAGAGUGGCACGCUGAGUACGAGUCUGAGCAAUACCAACACAAACAACACGAUGGGCCCCAGUAAUACCCCGCAGCAGACGGAGCAGCUGUCCAAGACGAACCUCUACAUCCGCGGACUGCAGCAGAACACAACAGACAAGGAUCUGAUCAACAUGUGCACACAAUACGGUACUAUCAUCUCCACAAAGGCAAUAUUAGAUAAAACAACAAACAAAUGUAAAGGUUACGGAUUUGUUGACUUCGAAUCACCGACGUGCGCCGAGAAUGCCGUCAAAGGUCUCCAGUCGAAGGGCAUCCAAGCUCAGAUGGCCAAAGUGGGUAUCUGGGUGCUACAUAGGCCGGCCGUUCAACAAGAGCAGGAUCCAACCAAUUUGUACAUUGCUAAUCUACCACUAACCUAUAAGGAAACGGAUGUGGAGAACUUGCUAUCCAAAUACGGCCAGGUGAUCUCGACCAGAAUCCUACGCGACCAGAAUGCGCAGUCCAAGGGAGUCGGCUUCGCCCGGAUGGAAUCGCGGGAAAAGUGCGAAACGAUCAUCCAGAUGUUCAACGGCCAGAUGCUGCAGGGUGCGAAGGAACCGCUGCUAGUGAAGUUCGCCGACGGCGGCUCCAAGAAGAAGAACCCCUUCAAGAGCCCGGAUCCAAAUGCGCGGACCUGGCGUGACGGCGCCGAAGGCAUCCCGGUGACGUACGAUCCGAACCUACAGCAAAAUGGAAUCGGCGUGAACGUCGGCACCCACAUCAGUAUGCCGUACGGACGGUUCAGCGCUCCCCAGGUGGGAAGCUACGCCGUGCCCGGCUCCCAGUGGGUCCCGAGCGGGUACAUGAUGGCCCAACCGAUCGCACAGGUCGACGACCAGCAGUACGUGCAGAUGCAGGCUCCACAUUUGAGCGUUGGAACACCCUACAAGACCGAUGCGGUUACGAACGUGCAGCCACGGGGCGUGUCGAUGAUCAUGUCCAGUGACAAUCCGGCGGCUGGCGUCCCGUACGGAAUGAUGCCACAGCUCACCACACUACAGAUUGGAUCAUCGUACAUCAGUCCGACGUAUCCGUACUACACGCCAACGCCGUCGAUCAUCCACACGAUGCAGAUGGGCGAUUCGGAGCAGGUUAGUACGGCGGCUUCUCCAGACGAGGCUUACACCACACAGUAUCAGCAUGGUCCGAAGUAGAGCCCUGCUGGAUCCGGUGCUACCCGCCAGAUCUAGAGUGCGGAAUCAUCAUCACAUCGUCAGUUGAAGAAGCAGAGAAGAAGUUAGGAAGGAGUAGUGUAGUUUCCAGUCAUCGUCAUCGUCGCCGAUUCGUCAGCGUCGCCAAAUCCGCCGCCUCAGUUGAACGAAACAAAAACAUAGAAAAAUCAUAGAAACAGCCUCAGCCGGUUAACGAACAACCAAAACCGAGCACUAAUGGUUCUAAGUCAAGGUAGGAGAGAUAGAUGUUGAAGUAUUUCUGAAGCGAGAAGCGUAUCGGAACAACUGAUAGCAAAGCCAAACAGAAACCGAUCGAAUGCGCGAACCUUGACCUAAGAGGUUCCGCUACGACAAUUGACACAUGUUGAGGGAUAUGGGACUUUAGGGGUUAUGAACUCCCAUAGCAGCAGUCAGUGGGAGUUAACAAACACACAAACACAUUCACCACACGGACAGACACGCGUACACCUACACAAACACAAAUACACACUGUAAGAAGCGAAACCGAUACCUCAACCGAGACGAGAUACACAUAACGCUGUUUUUACAUAAGACUUGAAGAAACUCACAAACAAUUCAGAAGAAUUCCACGAUAACGAAAUAUCGCACUUCGAUGCAUGGGAAGAACGACGAAAAGACGUGUGCCUAGCGACACAGCCAAGCGAAGGAAUUCGACCUGCCUUGCAGGAUUGCGUGUGUGUUGAAAGUUCCGCAUCCGUUAGUAGUACUUUAUUUGUUUUUUUUUUGUUUGAAAUCAUGAGCGAACAGUUUAGACUACCCUACCACCAUCGAGGUCUUCAGAAGCAAUGAAAACCAAUCGUUACAAUGACUGUUACUUUUUUAGUACUUUCUCACAUUUCUUCGGGAGGUUAAGAAAUAAACGUUGUUCAAUGGAAAAAUAACAUCGCAGUAAGUGGGCCGGGGAUCUUUUCAACGCGGUUUACAGCGCCUAGGUACCGCUGUAAGCAAAGUGAUGAGCGAGUGUGCACGCCAGCAGUUUUAAAGAGAGCGCGCGCAAGUCUAUCUCAGCGAUCGUGGCCUAACCGUGUUUCCUUUGACCCAUUCUUCAUCACAAGUAGGGGCAGCUCAUUGCUAUGAGCAAUCUGCCUCCUAAUGGGCUUCAUAUCUCUGAGCAAGACUAUCUCUGUACUGAAUGUUCUGUUUGAAUAUAUGUUGGCGUGCACAGACACAGAAUUCUACUGCGAAGCAUUGUGUUAAAACAACAAAAUCCUUAUUUUUGUUUUGUUAAGUUUUUACAGUUGUUUUUGUUCUAAUUUUUCUUCCCUUUCCCCUUUUUCCCGUUCUCCGAAGGAAAAAACCUAAAAAAACUUUAUUUAUUACACAAUUCUCUCUGCGGCAGCAGAGAGUAACGCCUGUUGCAAGAGAAUAUAGAGAAAAUGCUCGAAAUCACCACCCUAACAUGAGAAUGAGAAAACGAGAGUACUGACACACGUUAACCGUUCACGCAAAGCAAUCGACGAUGGGAACGCGGACAAACCAAAUAAACUAAAAAAGUAAAAAACUGAAGAUGCGACAGGAUAGAAAUAGGAAAAUUUUCUCGAAAAAUGCUUGUCGUUUGUUUUGCGAGAAAAGCUACAGGAGACAAAAUGAGAAGCCGGAACGAUUUCCUGAUUUGUUUUCUCCUCCCCCUGAUCGAUCGAUCGGGAUGAGAAGCGACUAAUGAAUAGGAUGCUAGAAGCUAGAAACAGCGAGAGAAAGAGAGUUGCUUUUUUUUCUAGGGUAAAAAUUUUUAAUUUAUUUUUGUUGGUUAAGAGGGAGCAGACUAAUGUAUGGAUGGAAGAGAAGAUCGAGGAGAGGACGACUUCUGUGUAGUUGAGAAGAAAGUGUUCGAACUAUAGGUGAAGAAUUGACUUGAGAGAACGAAGGGAAAUGCAAAAAGAAUGCUAGUUCAUAAUUUUAGUUUUUAGUUCUUAGAUAGACCGAUUUAAAAAUUUACAAUUUAGGAAGAACCUGACGAACCCAGAGAUGCAACCAGCACAGUGAUCGAUGGGAAGUGCUUUGUCAGAGAGGAAAAACACUGAGAAGUAUGUGUAGAGAGGAGAAGGCUCGGCGAGCUAAGCACGAGAGGUAGGCAGUUUUAUGGAAUUGAAGAUUGUUUUCUAAGCUUUUUUUGAUUUAGUUAUAAUUUUGUAGCUUUAGAAGACCAGAUACUGGAAUGUUUGUACGGGAAAGAAUGUAAAUCGAGCCAGCAGCAUGUUGAAGGAUAGACGUAGAAGCAAAGGAACUGAAUGCCAGAAGUAUGAGAACAUCCAAGAGAGAUAAAAGAUUUGCCGUUUUGUGCUACGAAGCCUAAUGCCGGAUAGCACGAUAGGAAACAAGCUGGAACGAUAAUAAGGGAUAAAAUUUGAUGAUUUUUUUUUUGUUUUUGUAGAAGAAUCUUAACGUUAAGAAAUUUCCUGAAAACGAUUGAAUAAAGGGUGAGGCUCACUCAGUGCUAACAAGGUGGUGGUGUUGCGGUGGAUUUGAAGCCAAGGCACACAUCCCAAAAGCACUGGUGAAGCAGAACGAUGCGAACAAAAAAUAGUCCCAAUUGUGGUUAAUUGGUUUUUAAUUAGAUAUCGAUACUUUUGCUCUCUUCAUUUGGGGUAUAAUUACUUUUUUCAGCUUUACUUAUACCGAGGUGGGCUAGAAAUAGUGAGCCAGAUAAUGGCGAGAGUGCAAUCAAACCCCAGAAAGAAAAUGUCCCAUGGAAUCAUUGUGUGAAAUGACGUGGAAGGUGGAUAUAGAAUUGACUAGAAUGCCAUCUGGUGCUAUGGCUUUGAGAUAAAAUUUCUUGUCUGCUAGUGCUAGGUGGGAAAGGUAAUGAAAUAGAGAUUUUGAGUGAUUUUGCUCUCAGAUACUUCCUCAAAUACAUUAUGCAGUUUACGUCUGUAAUCUUUCUGGCAUCUGAAAGUGGUAGAUUCUAAUGAAUUAGAAAUACUGGCAACCCUGCCUGAUUUCCAAGCAAACAUCAACGACAGGCGAAGCGGUGUUACUUUAAAGCACCUACUUUGAACAAUCGAUUAUAAGAACAUAUUUAUGAAGCUUUAAAUGAUAAAGUGGUGGUCUGUGAUUGGUACCCACCGUUAACGUGUCCGGGACAUACAGAUGCCUAAAAUCAGAAAAGGGCACAUUAGCAUUUGGAAAACAAAGGUUUCUAUUGUUACCUUUGAACCAUCAAACUGCAACUAAUAGUCAAGCAGCUGCGAGGGUGACUGGUGUUCAUGUGGCCGUAAAAAUAUGCUUUAAAGUGGUGAGCUCGUUCCGUACUAUUAUUUCAAUUCCACCAACUCUUAUUCGUACAGGAUUCUUCGAAAUAGAAGCUGAAUAUUGUAAUCCGCGGGUACCACUAGAAGAGAAUAAGUUUCAAUAAUUCUGUGUAAUUCCAACAUAAUUGUUUUUUUUUAUGUUCCAAAAUACUUUUUCUAAGAUUUGUUUUUCAAAAUUCUAUCAGAACCUUCCCAAUAUUUGCUAACUUUUUCUCCUCGAUAAAUGUUUGGAACGCUUUAGUAAAAUCCUAAUUGAUGUGUUUUUAAUUGGCUCCGGCAGUUUAGUUUUUUUUUAUUUUUACCCCGCAGUUUAUUUAUUUUCUUCUUUAGGUUUUAUUUGAGAAAGGUAAGGAAAUUCUAUACAAUGAUGAAUUCAAUGAAUUCACAUAAUGUUUCUCUUGAAGUAUACAAAGUUUCCUUAGGUAUUUAUUAAACGAUUCGGAAAAAAAUAGAGGAAUUUUCAACAGUAUUUGAGGUUCCACCGCAGUUUUUUUUUUUUUUUUUUGAUAAUCCAGCUGAAAUUUCAAGAAAUAAAUCAGAAUUAUUGAAAAAAACCUGUUAAGAUUCGCCAACUGUUUACCCAUCAUAUAUGUUAUAAACGCAAUUAUAAAACCAUUUUUUUUUCUGGAAGAGUUACACAACUCGGAUUGUAAGAUUUUUUUUAACUUUUAUUUCGUUGUUAUUUUUAUUUUAUUUUUAGCUUUUGUUUGAGAAAUCAGAGAACAUUUUCAAACAAAUAUCUGUUAAAAAAGCAAGAAACUUCACAUAAUGUUUGUCUACGCAUUCGAAAGGUUCCCCCAGAAAUGCCUUUCCAAAUUUAUAUGCAAAUUCGUAUUCCAUAUACGUUUUAUGCUAUUGGAAAUCUCAUACGAUGGUUUAUUUCUCUCAUAAGAUGACUCAUGGGUGAAUUUUGAGUAUCAGUUUAUCAACACUACUCUUCUGCAGUCACUCUUGCACUCACUUGCAAAGAUUUAUGCUAACUUGCGUUUUUCUCAGCUCAAAAGCAUGCAUUCAGAUAAAAGUUUUUCCGAAUAAUGGUAAGUUUCCUGUUCCCAAGUAGAGUGAUCAUGUAAAAUUCCUCCUUUUUCCGUAAGUAAUUUUGACAUUUGUUUAACUGACAGCUUUUUAACGAAACGAUGCUGUAAGAAGGAUGUUAAGAAUAAUAAAAUUGACAAUUCCUACAGGAGUUCUUUGUGGAAUUCAUCCUUGUGGAAUUCGUUAAAUACCUAGUUUCUUCUGGGAAUGCCCCAAUUAUUUUUUUUGUUAUGCUUCUGAAAUUUUUUCUGAAGUUCCUUCAGGAGCUUCUCAAGUCGUUUCUGUUUAAGACGAACCAGCCAAGGGCUAAAAGUCUCUUAAAUAAAAACAAAUCAAUCAAUCGUUUCUGUAAGGAUUUCUACAUCAGUUCCUUCUGAAAUUCUUUCAGAAGCACUUUCUGGCUUUCCUCUUAGAGUUCUGCCAGAAUUCCUUCUGUGAUAUUUCUGAGAAUUUAUUCUAAAAUUGUCUCGAGGAGUUUCCUAAGAAUUCGUAAGAGUUUUCCGGAAAUUCCUCCAUUAUAACACUGAGAGUUUCUUCAGAAUCUACACAGAACUAUUUCAAGAAGUACCCCGGAAAAUCCUUCAGGAGUUCCACGAAAAUUCCUCUAGGAAUUCCUCCAGAAAUUCCCCAAGAAUUCCGUCAGCAUUAAUCAAAAAGUCCUCUAGUAAUAAGGCUCGGAAACUCAUCCAGCAGUUCCCCAAAAAUAUUUGCACAAGUAUCUCACCAAAAAAAAAUUCUCCAGAGUUCCCCGGGAUUCUCCAGGGGUUUCCCAAUAACUCCUCCAGGAAUGUCCAGAAAAUUCCUUCAGGUUUUCCUCGGCAAUUUCUCCAGGAGUUCACUGGUUAUUCCUCCAAGAAUUUUUCGGGAAUACCUCCAUGAGCUCCCUGGGAUUUUCCAGAAGUUCCCCGGGCAUUUCUUUAAGAGUUCUCCGAAAAUUACUCCAUGAGUUCCUCAGGAAUUCCUCCACAAAUUCUCCGAGAACACCUACAGGAGUUCCCCAGGAAUUCCUCUUGGAGUACCCAAGGCAUUCUUCCAGGAGUUCCCCGCGAAUUCCUCCAGGAUUCCUCCAGGAAUUCCUCCAAGAGUUCCCCGGGAAUUUCUGUAGUAGUUCCCUGUAAAUUCUUCCAAAAAUUCUCAGAGAAUACUUCCAGGAGUUCCCCGGCAAUUCCUCCAGUAGUUCCCAGGGGAUUCCCCCAGGAGUUCUCCGAGAAUUCCUCCAGGAAGUCACCGGGAAUUCCUCCAGGAAGUCACCGGGAAUUCCUCCAAGAGUUCCUCGGGAAUUCUUCCAGGAGUUCCUCGGGAAUUUCUCCAGGAGUUCGUUGGAAAUUCCUCCAGAAGUUCUCCGAGAAUCCUUCCAGAAAGUCACCGGGAAUUCCUCCAGGAGUUCCUCGGGAAUUCCUCCAGGAGUUCGUCGGUAAUUGCUCCAGGAAUCCAUCGAAAAUUCCUCCAGGAAUUCCUUGGGAACUCCUCCACAAGUUCCUUGGGAAUUCCUUCAAGAGUUUUUCGGUGAUUCCUUAGAAAUACUUCCCAGAGUUCUCCUGGAAGAUUUUUAGGAACUCCUGGACGUAUUCCCGAGGAGCUUCUGAAUGAAUUCAUGUAGAAAUUUUGCAGGAUUUCCCAAGUAACUCAUGGAGAACUUCCCAAGCAUUUUCAAGAACAAAUCCAGGGGAACUCCUGAAGGAACGCCCGAGGAACUCCUGGAGGCAUUCCCGAGGAGCUCCUUGAGAAAGUCCCAAAGAACUUUCUAGGAAAAUCUUGAAGAGGAAUUCCGGAAGAAAUUAUGAAACAAUUUCCUAGGAACUUCUGAAAAAGUUGCCAGGGAUCUCCUGGGAACAUUGCCAAGGAACUCCUAGAGAGAUUUCCGAGGAACCUCAGAAGAAUUCCUAAAGGUAUACCUGUGAAACUCCUGGUGGAACUCCCGAGGAGCGCUUGGGGAAAUUUCCGAGGAACUCCUGAAAGAAUUCCCGUGGAACUUCUUGAGGUAUUAAUUCCCUAGAAACUUCUGAAGAAAUUUCUGAUGAAUACCUUGAAAAAUUCACUUGGCACUCUUGGAGGAACUCCUGAGAAACCCCAUGAUAAACUCCCGGAAAACUACUGCAGAAUUUCCCAUGGAAUUUCAAAAUGAAUUUCCUGUAAGUCCUAAAAAACUACCAGGAUCUCCUAGGAAAAUUGCCGAGCAACUCCUGCAGGAAUUCGCAAAGUUAUGGGGAAAAAUCCCUUAUAACUUCUGGUAGAACUCCUGGAGAAAGUCUCGAAGAACUUCUGAACAAAUUUCCAAGGUACUUCUACAGAAAUUCGCGGGAACUCCUGGAGCAAUCCUCGUGGACCUUCUGGAGGUACUUCUGAGGAACUCUUGUAGGAAUCUCCAUGAGGAAUUCCCGUGAAACUCUUUGAGGAGUUCUGGAUAUUCCUGCAAGAACAUCCCGGAAAAUAUACCAAGAAACUCCUGCACCAUUUUUCGAGGAGCUCCUGGUGGAUUUUCCAAGGAACUGCUGAAGGAUUUUCCGAGGUACUCCUGGAGAAAUUCCCGAGGAAUUCCUGGAGUUCCGAGAAACUCCUAGAAGAUUUCCCAAGGAACUCCUGGAUGAAUUCCCAAGGAACUUUUGCAUAAAUUCCCGAUGAACUGCAGGAGAAAUUUCCCAGGAACUCCUAGAAAUAUUCCCGGGGAAAGUAUGAAUGAAUUCCUCACUUCCGAGUAUCUCCUGGGGAAAUUUUCCUAGAACUCCUCAAGCAUAAAGGAAUUUUUGAAGAAACAUUUGCAAGUUUCUACCAAUGAAAAAUUUCUUACAUAUUCUUAAAACUGUGAAGGAAUUCCCAGUCUUCAGAAAAUUUGAGGAACCUCUGGAGGAAUCGGGUAAAGAGUGCAUUACACAGAUCAAAAAACUAGGGUAAAUUUCUGAGACAUAUAAUGCUCAUAAUUGGAGCGUGGAAUUUCACAGAAGUUUACUUGACAUGUCAUGUCAAUUUCAUGAAACAUCUUGUAAACUUCCAUUAUAUGUCAUGUAAUUCAGCAUGACUCUAAGUUUUUACAUGACAUAUAAUACAAAUUUACAUGAUGUAUCAUGUAAACCAUCAUAGCUGGAAGUUGGCAUGACUAAAAUGAAGUCUACAUGAUAUGUAAUUCUCAUUAUAUUUAUCUGUGUAGUUCAUUUUUGAAAUUUUCUGACUGUCACCACGCCAAUUUGUUACCGAUGUUCACUAAUGAAUUACCCGCCUACCGGAAACCGUAGAUUUUUUCAGAUAAACCUGAUCUAUAAAUAUUUCCGAGCAUUUGGUUAUGUUCCAGCUUCUCCCGACAUUACUCAUCAACUGCGAAUGCCUAAGAAAUUUUGAUUGCAAAAGUUUUACGCGACCAUUACUUCUCUCUCUCUCUCUCUCUCUCUCUCUCUUCUUGGCGUAACGUCCUCAUUGGGACAAAGCCUGCUUCUCAGCUUAGUGUUCUAUGAGCACUUCCACAGUUAUUAACUGAGAGCUUCCUCUGCCAGUGACCAUUUUGCAUGCGUAUAUCGUGUGGCAGGCACGAAGAUACUCUAUGCCCAAGGAAGUCAAGGAAAUUUCCUUUACGAAAAGAUCCUGGACCGACCGGGAAUCGAAUCCGUCACCCUCAGCAUGGUCAUGCUGAAUACCCGUGCGUUUACCGCCUCGGCUAUAUGGGCCCUAUAUUUGAGAAAUUCUGAAAAUUUAUAGGAAGCUGAGCUGAUAGCUACUGACCAAUCUUUCCAAUGAGAACCGGAAUAAUAUUUCUUGUUCAACAUUUUUCUGAAGUGAAGUAAAAUUUUGUGGAACUUUGGAAGCUGGCGCCAAUUCCUCCACCAUUAAAUCCGCCCCUGAUCUGAAAGAAUUCUUCCAACUUUCUUGUCGAUAAAUUUUCAUAUACAACUGAAAAUCCUAUAAAGAAAAUCUUAAAACAAUUUCCCGAGAUACAUAUCUUCAAAAAUUUCCGAAAAGACCUUCAACCCACCUUUUGCAAUAGGGUCAUUUCUAACCAGAAGCGUACACUACGCCAUUUUUCCAAAAAAAGCAUCGUUUUCUAAAAUGAAUUCAGUAAAAUCGUAGUGUUAAAUUUCCUACACAAUAGCGUACGUUGGAGGAUUAAGCGUGGAUUGGAAUGGGAUAAAUGUGAAACAAUAAUUAGAAUAAAAGUAGUAUAAAACGAGCUCAACAACCACCAUUUAUCUUAUAGCACUACUAUUAUUCAAACUGACGACCUACAAUAUGCACCUUCAGGAAAAAAACAGAAGCAAUAUUAGUUUUAUUUGAAGUUUUCUUAGAGACUUUUAACGAAAUAUUUGAGACAUUCGCACAGAAUAUUUUUUUGGCUAAAAUUUCACGAUGUUUUUAAAUUCAGUAGUACUAUUAAAAGUUGGAUUCUCUAGUAACUUGUUGUUAUCAUGUCAGUUACACCUUCAGCAAAAACUCCAAAAAUUUCAAUUACUGAUGAUUCAACAUCUUCUUCAGUGAUAACUCAUGAAGCUUCAACGAAGUCUUUGAGUUUGUUGAGAAAUUUUAGGGACACCACCAAAAUUUUAUGAUAAAUUCAAUAAUCUCAAAGUUUUAAAGUUUUUUAGUUAUCUUCUUCUUCACUGGGAAAAAAAUCUUCAUUCCUUCUAUGUGUCCGGGACAUGGAUUUUUGCAAUGGGGGUAAACAAAUGUAUUCCAUUAGUGCGACUCAUACUUUUGAUGAGGCACCAUACAGCAGCGACUCAUACAAUUUAGAGCACAUACAAUUCAUGCGCUAAUUUGCCUGCGUAAUCGGGUAUUGGUUGCAUAUACUUUGGAUGUGGUUUGGCACAUGGAUAUUUGCCAUUAAGUAAGAGGCAAUUUUCCUGAGUGUUGGCGAACGUUGAUCGAAGGAAGUUGGCUCUCUUAGUCUUUGAAAAUUAAACGAUUUUAUUCUAUUCUGCCCGACGUUUCGGCCAUGGGAUGUGGCCUUUUUCAAGGGAAACGAUUGAUUAAAUAAUUUUAAUUUUAUACUUCCUUCGAUUUGCCAUCUUCAAAUUUGUUUUGAGCCAUUCGAUAAAUAUGAUUCAUGCUGUCAAUAUUAGUGUCUCUAUUGGUAUAUCUAUAAAAAUACAACUUUUUUUUAUUGACGUGAUUUUGGCUUGUUGAUUGAACUGUUCAUAAAACUGUUUAUACGUCAGUUGGAUAUUUGGACUCUGCUGUGCUUAGUUUCGUGAAGAUGUAAAAAUCAACGGAAAAAUCGGGAACGUGAAAUUAUGUGAAAAUUUUAGUAUGGAAAAUACUUCGGUUUUAUCGCGGGUCUUAGCCAGUAUUUAUAACCAGUGUUUGGUCUUGGUCAUCAUUACCGCUAUAAAAGCUUUAUGUUCAGAGCACAGACAUUCCUUCCAAAAAACCAUAAUCCUUCAUUAUUUGGACCGGACAUUACGUUUCUUCAAAAUUACAAGGUAAAUAUCGUAUAUUUUGACAAAUAUUAUUUUAUUAUGUUGAAUUAUUUCUUUUUUCUUUCAUUUCUCCCAUUUGCCUGCUUUAUUUCUCUCAGGCAAGUUUUCAACGCGCUUCCAAGAACACGCAUCGCAUUCGCUCACAAAACCCUGCAAAGAAAAACUAUCGCGAGAACACAUACACAGUCGAACCGCAUAUAUCGCAGCAGCAGCAAAAGCAGCAGUAGCAGCAGCAGGAGAUGACACUAAUACAAGCGAAAUUUUCGAGGAAUGAACAGCAAAAUUGUGCCUUUCACAAUUUUCUCCUCUCUCUCUCUCUCUCUCUCUCUCUCUCUCAAUCACUCACUCUAAAGCACGUCUGAAAUGUAAUCUUGUUUUCUCACGCACGCAACUCGAAGUAUGAAUCUGCAACUGUCAUCAGAGACAGAAAAAAAUCACGAAAAAUUCUAAAUGCCAGAAUAAAGCGAGAAAUGUCAAAUAAUAAACUAUGCUGCAAGAAGAGAUUAAAAACACAUUCAAGCAUAUUAAAACACUGAAGAAAGAGACAACACUCAUCUCAAGCGAUUUUUCUACACAAAUAUUUUUGAAAGUCCCCUUUUGUCGAAUUGUUACAACGCGAGCACGAGCGUGAUGCGAGUGCAAGCGAAAAAAAAGUUAAGAAUAAAAUUGCGGAGAAGGAAAUCUGAGAAACUGAGACAAAUAUCAAUGUAAAAUGAGUAAAGUCGUUAUUUUCACCUCGUCGAAAAAAAAUAAAUGAAACCAGAGAAAUCUGUAUAGGGAAAAAAUAUUGAACAAAAGAGAAAACUCACAAACACAAAUCUAAAACCGGAAACUUACAAGUCAACAGCAAAAACAACAACAACAACAACUACAGUAACAUACAAACAAAUCAAGAUGCUAUAUUUUCGAGAAAUCAAUGUCAACGCAAAUUCGUGUCGGUUGGGAUCCCCCUUCCCCCAUAAAGCUUGGAACCGAAGCCACGAAAGAAUCAACCGUACGAGUACUAAACCGGAAGCGGGGCACGGGUCCCAACGUUCGACGUCGAAACUGAACUGUUCAUUAGGUUUUAUACGUAAUAAAACGGGGUACGGGAGUUCUCGGAGGAGUACUGAGGAAACAAACGCGAAGAAAGUGUGACGUCACAACACAAGAAACCAAGGUUCCCAUUUUUAGUACACAAAGGGGUGUGUAAUCUUUCUCGGUCCCACCCAAAAGCGUAAAGCUAUCUGUUCUUGUUUUAUAAAUUAUCCUAAAUACCAUUGCAUACAAGGUCAUCCAGCGGGGGUGGUUGAAACGAUUUUAGUACCAUGUGGACGGGGAGUUGUACUAAUAUGAGAAGCAAAUUUCUGUUUCUCAAUCCUACGCGGUGUUUUUGGUUCAGACGGGCUGCCAGUGUGUACUAAUAGUAAUAAUCAAGCGAAUUAUCGAUUAUUUAUUGCAUAUAUACACAAUAUAGGACGAUUAUAAUUUUAGAACAUAAUGGAUUAAAAGAUAACGGAAAAGAGGAAAACCGCUAUGUGAUAGUAUUUCCAAACUGUGAUACGAAUAUUAUUUUUUUGUUUGUUUAUUCGACGGAAAAGAGAAAGUCAUCAAUAUUGUAUUGUAUAGCUUAUUUAUUGACAAGAAAAACGGAAGAGAAAUAUUCAUAAGGUGUACUAAUCCACUUAACCAACGCUCUAGUCCACGAAUCACACUCACAUACACACUUAUCUCGUUUUUUGCUAGCUACUCUUGGAAACUUGUUUGAGAAUGAUUGUAAUAUAUCUACUUAUUGGAUGCAAAGCGGACGAAAAGAAUUUUUCAUAGGUGUGUCGUAUCGCUCACUGUUCUCUCGAUUUUCAGGGACAAUUUUUAACGUAAGUAACGUAAUAUUCAAAUUAUAUAUCAAACUAAAGGAAUUUUAGUACACACUGGUCGGCAGAAACGAGAAGAAAAUUUGCUUCUUUUCUUGGUGCAGGUCAUCGCUACUUGUACGAAAAUCGAUUCAGCGCCCCGCAAACUCGCCUCCUCUUUCUACCACUUAUGGAACAACAACCAUCCUCGUACACCACGCUUCAGUUGGUAAAGAAAAGAGACUAAAUCGCCAAACUUUAACUGACAAACUUAUACUUUAGUCUGAAUGUCAUUGAUUUAUAAACUGUACUCAAAAUCACUGCUGAAUUUAUUCGAGAUAAAAAAAAAAACAAAACAAACCACUUCACACAAACUAUAAACUAGCGAAAAAUGAAAAGACAACUUGAAAAUCUUCCAUCUUCGAAAACACUUAACGAGAACACUAUUAAGAAAAGUAUACAAUAAAUAACUUUAUUAAAAAUAAAUGUAAAAUGAGAAAGUUAUGAGAAAAUGAACAAAACUGACUGAACAUAUAUUAAAAAGAAGAAACUGCAAGUAAAGACGCGAAGUAUGGGCAACAGUACAGAAUAAAAAAAACACACACAAACACACUAAUUGUUGAAGUUGUAUAAAAUAAAAAUGUCUGACGGUGCAGCAAAACCCCUCUGGUCAUCACUAAUAUUUUAAGCUAUAUUUUCUUAUUUAUUGAAAAGAAAGCAAAGAGAAAAUUUAAAACAAAACCCAAUCAGAUUAGUGAUGAUACGCGCAGAGAGCAAAAGAGACAACAAAUCAGACUAUUUUUACUUAUACAUUUAGUACGGAGGAAUCGAUCAUUCAAGAGAACACAAAAGCAAAACUUGCGAGUAAUAAAGAUAAACACAAACGAACGACUGUACUCUUAUACACUCUCACAUACACACAUAAACGGCAUACAUUCACGAGCAAGCGAGAGGAAGUGGAGAUUAUUCUCUCAACCAAACUGAACAAAAGUAAAAAGAUGAACCCAUUACAUUUACAACUAUUACCGAUGAAGAGUUUUUAGUUGGUGAAAAACCAAAAAGAAGAAGUUAGAAAAGAAAAAAAACGAAAUCCACGUAGAUGAAAACGAACACUAAAGCAAACUUGAACAUACACACAAACAAAAAAAAAAUGUGAAUCAAAAAACAACCAUUAUAGAGAGUGGCACGGUUUCGCACGUGACUUUUUUUGGAACCAUUUACCUUUUAUCCCAGUAAAAGAAAGUUACGAAUAUGAACGAAACUAAACAAAAAAAAACAACCGAAGACAAAAAGCAACAAAACAGAACAAGGAAAAGAAAAAAACUUGCGCAAUAAUCCUAACCUUUUUCGGUUGUGUCACGUCCGGACGACCUGCGCUCCGGAACGUGACCGUAUUUUAACGGCUCAAUUUUCCGGGUGUCGUUUAGCGCGGCAAGAUGUUUCAUUGAAACCCCCUUUGAAAGCAUUCGAGCAACUUUAGUUCAGUGGUGGGAAAUGUCACGAAGUUUAAUGGAAAAAUGUCAUGACAUUUGACUGUUCCAUCGAUCAUCACCUAUCUAAAAUGCUGUUCAGUUAUGGAAAAUCAAUGAUGUCGUCGCGAACUUUUCUCUUUUUCAUGACAUUUCCCAUUCCUGCUUUGAUCACCAACAGAGAGCAUCAUUUGCUGUCAAAUUUUUGACGGCCCGUAAGCUGUCAAAUUGUUUGUUCUAAACCUUUAACUGCAUGGAAAAGUAAAUGCUCUGCGCCCAAUCCAUGUGAGCUAAAUUUGUUUGUUUUUGUCUGACACAGCUUCUUCACGUUUAAUUGAAUUAUUGAUCUAAAACAAAGGCAAAAAUGUUUUUGCAAGUUGAUAAGUUUAAGCGAAAUAAAAAAACUGUAGGUGAAAUGAAACGUAGACAAAAAGAAACAGUAGCAGUAGAAUAGGAUGAGAAAUGGAAAGAAAAAUGCAGAGGAUUAAGUAGCUGAAAUGAAAAACAGUAGCUUUAGGCUUAAGGAAAAAAAAAACAACUAGGUAUUAAGUGAAACCCAAAAAAAAACAGACACACUAAAAACAAUGGAAAACGUAAGUGCAGUGCGAGAAAAAAAAGUAGGAAUAAAAAAUGAAAUGAUUUUUGAUAGUUUGUAAGGAGAUAUUUAGGAUAAAAAAUUGUUUAGACUAGGGAAGCUGAAUGAAGAAAAGAAAACCAACUGAAUUGUGUUCCGUUGUUGAGACUUUAAUUUCCUAUAAACUUCUAAGCAAACUAAACGACAAACAACAGCUGAUUCCUGACCGAACCUAACCUAUGGGACGCACGCAUUGGAACAAACAAUAUUCCCAUGGGGUGGCCAUCUUCCACGUAUUUGUCUUUUGAUUGCAACAUUAAAAAAAAAAGAAAUGAUUAUUAUAGGUUUUCCUACGUUUCAAAAUCGCGAGCGGGGCUUCCACCUUCGUUUAGAUCGUUCUCGUUUUCAUGUUUACCUCAUUAUAUGCACAAGGAAAUAAUACCACAACACUGAAUGUUUGGUAACCGAGGAACUAAUCACAUUUUCCGUUUUAAUUUCGUUUCCAAUCUUCUAAAUUUCGUUCGACUGGAGAGGAAAUACUUUAAAUUGAGCGCGAUUAAACGAAACGCAAACACAAAGAAAAAAAUCAAGAUGAACGCAAUGCCCACGACCGAUCGACUAGUGAACACAAAAAGUAAAAAAAAAAUGAAAAAAAAAUACUUGGAGAACCAGUUGGGGGCGGAUUGAAUUUUAGGGUUAAUGAUGUUAAAUGAAAACCUAGCAUUAAAAAUGAUGAAAAAACUAGAUGAAAGAAAAAAAUGAUUUUUUAGGAUUAAGUGAUGAAAAGAAACAAAAAGCAUAAAAAACAAAAAAAAUCAAAGAAACAGAGAAAAAAAGUUGAUGGAAAAGAAAGCAAAAAGCGUAGCGACGAGUAGGAAUGGUAAGUUAAGAAGAAAGUGUAGCAAAAAAAAAUGAAGCGCAAACCAGUCGGAAAACGUGCAAGCAGAGAAAAGAAACACAUGAAACUACUUUUAAGGAACUCACAGAGAAGAGAGAAAUGAAAAAAAAAACUCUUUAGCUUCUAAGUGACAUGAAGAAAAAAAACAUGGAGAAAGAAAACACCUAGCUUUUAA